UCUGUCGGGGUGUGUGUAUCUCCCGCAGCCUGGCUGGCUGUAGCUCCGUCUCUCCGUGUGUGUCCGUGUGUCCGGCUGGCUCUCCCUGCCCUACCCCGGCGGAGGGCAAGCAGGGAACUGAGCCGCUGCUCGGCGCUCUGCCCGGGGGACCGUGGGCUGGGAGGGAGGGAAGCUGCUGCUGGCACAGGGCUGAGCCUGUCCCGCGGAGCCGGAGCCGGCCCCGGGCUGGGGGCCGCUCCGUGCCCGGGAGCGCGGGGUUCCCUGCACUUGCGGGUCCGCUCCGGGAGGGUCGCCCCUGGCGCGGGGUGUCCGCUGAGCCGGGCCUCCCCGGGAGGGGCUGCCCCGCUGGGGCCGGGCUCGCAGCGCUCUGUCCGCCCCCCCUUGGCAGAGCGGCUCUAAUGAGGUUCCCAAGUGCCCCCCCUGCGGCCGAGAGCCUGUGCGCCCCUCGGAAAGCCGCUUUGAUUUCCGCCGGGCUGCACCUCGCACCCGGCUGCUGAUUCCCCUGCCCUUCUUGCAGGGAAAUCCUCGGGAAUUGCCCCCCGCAGCCGCGGCACCAGAGCGCGCUUCGCGUGGGGGGCCCAGCUGCUGGCUACCCGGCCGAUCGGGCUCCAGCCUGGGCCGAGGGAAGAGACCUGUUGCGGGCUGGUCUCCUGCAGUCUCUGCCAGACUGGGCUGAUGGAAAGAGAGAGCAUUUUAAUUCUCUCAGCCUAGGUAGGAUGGACCUGCCCCCCUGCCUCUGCCCUCAUGGCCAAUAAGAAGAGACCCGGCUUGACACCUGCCUAUAUACAGAGGAGGAGAGCAAAAUCUUCAGCACUGAUCUGUGCAAGGGGGGGUGGGGGGAGGAAAAAAAGGGGGGGGGGAAGCCCAGGUCAGAUAAGGGGGAACGUUUGUACUAUAAAACCCCCAAAGACUAUGACUUCCAGUAAAAUUGAGAUGCCAGGAGAGGUGAAGGCAGACCCUGCAGCUCUGAUGGCAUCUCUGCAUCUGCUGCCUUCUCCCACUCUCAACCUUGAAAUCAAAUACACCAAGAUUUUCAUAAAUAAUGAAUGGCAAAAUUCUGAGAGUGGGAACAUAUUCCCAGUAUAUAAUCCAUCAACAGGAGAGCAAAUCUGUGAGAUCCAGGAAGCUGACAAGGUUGAUACGGACAAAGCAGUGAGGGCAGCUCGCCUUGCUUUCUCUCUAGGCUCGGUGUGGAGGAGAAUGGAUGCAUCGGAAAGAGGCCGUCUCUUGGAUAAACUAGCGGACUUGGUUGAAAGAGACAGGGCAAUUCUUGCUACCAUGGAAUCGCUGAAUAAUGGCAAACCCUUUCUGCAGGCUUUCUAUGUAGAUCUUCAGGGAGUCAUCAAAACUCUGAGGUAUUAUGCAGGUUGGGCAGACAAGAUUCAUGGAAUGACCAUUCCUGUGGAUGGAGAUUAUUUUACGUUUACAAGACAUGAACCCAUCGGAGUGUGUGGACAGAUCAUCCCUUGGAACUUCCCCCUGCUGAUGUUUGCAUGGAAGAUUGCCCCAGCUCUGUGCUGUGGCAAUACAGUAGUUAUUAAACCAGCAGAGCAAACACCACUCAGCGCGCUUUAUAUGGGAGCCCUCGUCAAGGAGGCUGGCUUUCCACCGGGAGUAGUCAAUAUUUUGCCAGGAUUUGGUCCAACUGCAGGCGCAGCAAUAGCUUCUCACGUUGGCAUAGAUAAAAUUGCUUUUACUGGAUCUACUGAGGUUGGGAAGCUGAUCCAAGAAGCAGCUGGAAGGAGUAAUUUGAAGAGAGUAACUCUGGAGCUGGGAGGGAAGAGCCCCAACAUCAUUUUUGCAGAUGCUGAUUUGGACUGUGCUGUGGAACAAGCUCACCAGGGGGUCUUCUUCAAUCAAGGACAAUGUUGCACUGCAGGCUCACGGAUUUACGUGGAAGAAUCGAUCUACGAGGAGUUUGUUAGAAGAAGUGUCGAACGUGCCAAGAGGAGAGUAGUGGGGAGUCCUUUUGACCCAACUACGGAACAAGGUCCCCAGAUUGAUAAGAAACAGUAUAACAAGAUCCUGGAACUUAUCCAAAGUGGCAUUACAGAAGGUGCAAAACUCGAAUGUGGAGGUAAAGGACUAGGAAGAAAGGGUUUCUUCAUUGAACCUACAGUGUUUUCCAAUGUAACAGAUGACAUGCGGAUUGCCAAGGAAGAGAUCUUUGGGCCUGUUCAAGAAAUACUGAGAUUUAAAACCAUGGAUGAAGUUAUAGAGAGAGCCAACAAUUCAGAUUUUGGACUCGUAGCUGCUGUCUUUACAAAUGACAUAAACAAGGCCCUGACAGUCUCAUCAGCAAUGCAAGCUGGGACAGUCUGGAUAAAUUGUUACAAUGCCUUAAAUGCCCAGAGUCCUUUUGGAGGGUUCAAAAUGUCUGGCAAUGGGAGAGAAAUGGGUGAAUGUGGCUUGAGAGAAUAUUCCGAAGUUAAAACUGUGACAAUAAAGAUUCCUCAAAAGAAUUCCUAAGAAGAUGAAGGUGCAUGUUGUGCAGAACAACAUGUGAUGCCACCCUCAAUAUUCCUUAUGGGACCAGCACUCAGGAAUAAAAAGUGUUGUUACGCAGUGUAUAUUUAAGAUAUUAAGUUACAACAUAUAUACCAGGCACAUAAUUGCAUACAAAAUGCAAACUGACUCUGCAUUAUUUCAUAGCGCUCCACUGGGAACUCCCCCCACCCCACCCUUAUUUUUAAACCAAACCAUGCAGCAAGAGUUAAAAUUGCAAUUGGAUACUAUUUAAUAACUGCACCACUAUACAUCUAUUAGUUACACACACAGCAAUCCUUCGCAUACAUAUGCAAAAAAGGUAGGUUGUUUUAAAAUCAUCUUCUCAAACAAGGCUGGAUUGGGCUGAUAUUCUUAUACGGUGCUUUGCGACAGAUCUCAUUUGGAGGACACCGUUUUAGCCAUACACAACUGACCAAGUAUCACUGAUAUUCUUUAAUAACCAAAAGUGAACUGUUUUGAAUUGGAGCCAGCCAAUAUGGUACACUGGCAACUUUGCAAUCAGCACAAUGUUUUGAAGUGGUUAGACUGGGGGGACUAAUUUAUUGCAUGGAUUACUAAAUUUGGAAAUAUUCUAGUUAGAAUUGAGGUUUGGUUUCCAUGAACACACAGAGAUGGUCUGAUAUUCAUAGUGCAUCUUAACAGUUAUUUUAUGUCUUAUAAGUGAGUUGGUACCUAUAAUAAGAUUUUUAAAAGGUUUUACCAUCCUCCCACAA